CCGCCACGGCCACGCGCCACCGCACAUUUAUUUUUAACUAAUCGCGGUGGCCAUGUCCGGAACCCUACUCUCUCUUUCGCCUGUGCCGCCGCCGGCGAUCAUUGAGACUCGCCGGAACAAUAUCUUUCCGGUGUUUUUUGAUUCAAUUUUAGACCCCGCUAGGAUUCUCGUGUCGAGGAGAAGUUUAAUUUUGACAAUCUCUACCACUUCCCCGCUUGUAAUGUCUUCAUCAGCAGCCGCGCUAGCAGAAGCAGCUGCUGCACCACCAGCAUCGUCGAACUCUUUUCUUUCGAGCAUCGCUAAUACCAAGUCUUGGUUUCAGUACUACGGCAACGGCUUCGCAAUUCGUGUUCCGCCCAAUUUUGAAGAUAUCAUGGAGCCUGAGGCCAAAGAUAUUGCUGACUUGGGUUCACUCAAAGAAGCAACAAAAAUAUUUGUUCCAGGCGGAGCAACCUUGUAUUCUGCCCGCAAUAUCAAAGUUAAGGAAGAAGAAGGUUAUAGGAAUUAUUAUUACUACGAAUUUGGUCGAGACGAACAGCAUGUGGCCCUCGUAGCAGCUGUGAAUAGUGGAAAGGCAAUUGUUGCUGGAGCUUCAGCACCCCAGAAUAAAUGGGAGCACGACGGCGUGCAGCUGCGCUCGGCUGCUGUGUCACUAACAGUUUUGUAAGGUGAAUUUUUUGAAGUUAAUUUCCUCGAAGAACAUGCUUAGCUUUGUUGCUGGUUCAGUUGAGGGCAAACUAUUUUUUCCUUGUAAGUAGUUGUGAAGUAUGCUUCUAGUCAUGCAAUGUAUUCGUCUCUUCUAUCGCCAAACAGGUGUAUAUUCCGGUCUUUUUGUUCAGGACAUCAUCAAGAUUGAAGAUCGACCAACUGAGGUUUAUUGUGUUGUCUCCCAAUUGUACCAUAUCUUGAAGUUGCUUGGUAUACAAGUUAUGAGGGAUUGUUGUUUACGUUCAA